GGCAUCCUUCCUGAGGCUGGCGGUGGCUUCCGUGCAGGCUUCACACAGACCGUCAGUCUGUAUGCUAAGGGAGCCAUGUUGAUGCCUGGUUUUGUGUCAAUCGCUGCACUUUGGAUGGUUAAAGGACUGCGUCUCAAGGACCGGGAGCCUUAGCGGUGAUUCCAGCACCGCGAUGAGAAGAGAAGAGCGGGUUGAGAUGGUACAGGGAGCACCAGAGGAGAGCUUCUCUUAGGUCACCAGACAUUACACGGUUUAUUCAAGCAAGUGAAGUUGAUGCUAGCCUGUUAGCUAGGUAGCAACAGCUGUGCGGACGCUGCGUGGGAUGCGGUGUGUGGACUAAAACAAAUUCUCUGCUUGUUACAUUUUGUCGGGCUAACGUAAGAUAUACUGCUUGGCGACUUGGGUCAACGUUAACAACGGGGCGGCUGGAUUCAUGCUAUCUUGCUUUUGCCGUUGUGAAGCUAGCUAGCUGUUAGCUCACGUUAGCAUACUGACAAUCAGCUCACAUUUUCAGUCACGAAUAGCAUCUGCUAGCUGAGUGGACCAAAACUUAUCGUUACUUUCUGACAGUCUGCCAGUUGUGGAGCGCCGUGUUGCGUGACAGAAAGACCACCGAAAAACCCCAAGUGGAGAUAUGGCGAUACAUCCGGUCUCUGUGGAAAGCUACCGAUUCGCUUGUCCAGCUUGCCAAGGAGCGGCUAGCGGACUAGCAUAACUUUCCUCUCUCGGUGUCACUAAGAAGCUGUAGAGCCCACUUCCUCGCUAGCCAACCUCUCGUACCUGAAGCAAGCUGGCGGCCCUCCGAGUAGAAGCCGAGGACAAGGAGCUGGGGCCGAUGGCCUGGGUGCUGAAGAUGGACGACGCCUCCAUAGAGUCGGGGCUGGUGCACGACUUCGAUGCCAGCCUGUCCGGCAUCGGGCAGGAGCUGGGGGCUGGAGCCUACAGCAUGAGCGAUGUGCUGGCUCUGCCCAUCUUUAAGCAGGAGGACUCCAGCCUUCCUCCUGAAAGCGAGACCAAAAAUACCCCAUUCCAGUAUGUGUUGUGCGCCGCCACCUCGCCUGCUGUCAAGUUGCACGAUGAGACGCUCACCUACCUGAACCAAGGCCAGUCUUAUGAGGUGCGUAUGUUGGACAACAGGAAGCAGGAAGAGUUACCAGAGCUCAACAACAAGAUGGUGAAGAGCAUAGUGCGUGUGGUGUUUCAUGACCGUCGGCUGCAGUACACCGAGCACCAGCAGCUGGAGGGUUGGAAGUGGAAUCGUCCUGGCGACCGUCUCCUUGACAUCGAUAUCCCCAUGUCCGUGGGCAUUGUGGAGCCAAAGACUCACCCCUCCCAGCUUAAUGCUGCAGAGUUCCUGUGGGACUUAAACAAAAGAUCGUCUGUGUUUGUGCAGGUGCACUGCAUCAGCACAGAGUUCACUCCCAGAAAGCAUGGUGGAGAGAAGGGCGUCCCCUUCAGGAUCCAGUUUGACACGUUCGCCCAGGGAGAGAGUGGAGAGUACACAGAGCACCUCCACUCUGCCUCCUGCCAAAUUAAAGUCUUUAAGCCAAAGGGGGCGGACCGAAAGCAAAAGACGGACAGGGAGAAGAUGGAGAAACGUUCACCUCAAGAGAAGGAAAAGUACCAGCCUUCUUAUGAUACCACUAUCCUGUCAGAGACGAGGCUUGAACCCAUCAUAGAGGAUGCGGGUGACCACGAGCUGAAAAAAUCCAGCAAGCGGACACUUCCCGCUGACUGUGGUGACUCCUUGGCCAAGAGAGGCAGUUGCUCCCCGUGGCCAGACGCCUACGUGAGCCCCAACCAGGCAGCUACUCCCUCCUUCACCUCCACCCCCCUGUCCACCUAUACAACCUCCUCAGUACCGGACAGUGACUCGUCCUCACCCAAUCACCCAGCAGACCCUGGUAGCCAUGGCAACUCGGAGGUUAGUCUCCCCUCUUCUCACCUGUAUGAAUUGGUGGAAAAGCAGUUGAGCCCCACUGCCUCCAUACAGGACGCACAGAAGUGGCUUCUGAAAAAUCGUUUCAACUCCUACACACGGCUCUUCACUCACUUCUCAGGUUCUGAUUUGUUGAAACUAACCCGGGACGACCUGGUCCAGAUUUGUGGGCCAGCAGAUGGGAUCAGACUCUUCAAUGCACUUAAAUCCAGGUCAGUGCGUCCCAGGUUGACAGUGUACGUCUGUCAGGAGUCCCUGCUGGAGAGCCCCCUGCUGGAGAGCCCCCUGCUGGAGAGCCCCCUGCUGGAGAGACACUCUACCAAUGAAAAUGGAGAACACAGCAUUUCCUCUAGUUUACACGUGUAUCAUGCUCUGUACCUAGAGGAGCUCACAGCUGCAGAACUGAUCCGCAAGAUGGCGUGUGUGUGCAGCCUUCCCCUGGGAACGAUCAACCAGGUGUACAGACAGGGUCCUACAGGCAUACACAUCCUGCUCAGUGACCAGAUGGUUUACAACUUGCCUGACGAGAGCUGUUUUUUGAUCAGCACUGUCAAAGAUGAACUGGGCGAAGGACUCCAUCUAAUCCUGAAGUAGUGAGGAGGCAUCUGAUGGCAUCACUAGUACUCCACCCUCUGUUUUGGAGCAGAAGCACCCUCUGUCUCUCUCUGCCUGCCUCUACUCUUUCCUAGUACUUCCUCCCGUUCUCUCAAAAAACGACCGCUCGAUGAAAAGCAGUCAGACUGCGCUAAAGCCAUGUAAAUGUUAGAAUCUGACAUGGGUGUGACCACUGUUUCAUAUUGAAAACACUAAUAACGGAGGAGAUUAGUUAAAAGAAGAGAGACUGGGGGGGAUAUGGGGUUAGGGGAAAGAUAACAAUGUAUGUAUUUUUAUUUUAUUUUAUUUUUUGUCUUUUUAUAUGGUUUCUGCGGGAUAAGGGGGGGGGGGCGGCUCCAGGAGAGAGGAGAAGGAAAGAAAGCAGAGUUUCCUUAUUGCUUGUUGCCCUUCUUACACAACGCGCACAACCAGCACUAGGCCAGUAUUUGAUAACCUGUACUGCUGAACAGCAUGCGAUCUCAACAUACUAACCUGCUUAAAUGAGAAUCCCAAAAUUUACUCUGCUUGUUUAACAAUCUUGACGGGGUUGUCUUAAUAAACCAUUUAUUGAUCAGCUGAACUUGGUAACCCCUGAAAUAUCCAGGCUAAAUUUGUGGAAAAUUGAUGGAUGUUGACACCAAGAUUCUUAUUUUUUAUUUUUUUUUUCUUGGACUUUGUCAGAUGGACUGAUUUCAAUAACUCGUGUCACAUAGAGUCAUCCUUUAGGAUUUUAGACUUCCAACCAUAUCUCUCUGUCUGUUGACAUGACGUCCCACUCGGCUCAACUCUCUUCACGUACGUUCUGGUUGGCCUGCGCUUUUUUACUGUUUUUAGUUGAUGCUUUAUUUAUGGAUCAGCAGUUUGUGUUGCUGUCAUUGAAUUUACUUGUUCCUGGUGCCAUACUGGCUUUUUAACUCAAUCUUCUACUCACUUUCACAAACACAGUGCACGUGCACCUCGUCUUUGAGUCCUCUGCUUUCUGUGCUGACUUUGAAACACUGGUUUAGAGGACUGCGGUUUACGCCUUCUGGGAUUUUGGCCAUAAAUAUGCAGAAAAAGAGGGACAAACUUCUAUAGAAGACUGACAUGCAGAGCAUUAACGCCUAUCCAAAAACUUAUAUAAUGUGGACCAAACGGGUUUCAGAUUGCUAGGCAUUUUUUGAAGAAAAGCCUCAUUGGCUCUGUACAUCUUGGUCAUCAGAAGCGUUCAUAGAAUUGAUCCGAUGGUGAAUUAAACCCUCCUCUAGUAGAGCUGCUUGUGCGCUGCAUGUACAUAAUAAUAAACCCUCCAUUCCAGGAUCUGCUCUGCAACAACCCAUCACACAGCAGGCUGGUAGAAAUGUAUCACAGCGGUAGCCUGGUUUCAGUAGUCUUAUCCUCCACGUCCAUCGUUAAAAUCUUGUGUUUUUAAUGUAGCUGAACACGGGAAGUACAGGUUGUGUGUUUUGAGUGACAACUGUGUGAAAUCUCACACAGGUCCUUGGAGUCACUGUUGUUUUAAUUGACCCCGUUUAAUUUUGGUACACAAUGUCUGGCAGUGUUGCAGGUUCAUACGGUUUGCACGCCUCUAAGUGUCAGAAUGUGUGUGUGUGUGCAUGUGUAUCAUUUUUCAUUCUUGCGAAGAAAACUUAAUUAUGUCAGUAGUUGUCAUAAACUUUUUCCUGUUGGUAUGAUGAAACUGUUUAGCUUGCUAUUUAGUAAAGAGCAUGUGGAAGAAAAUUGGGGAGGAGAGGGGGGGAUAAUUUGGUUCUUGUUGAGUAUAACACCUCCUUGUUUUUUUAUAUGUUAGAGACAAAGUCUGCACUAAGAAAUCACAAAACUCAAGCUGGAUGAGUAGUCGGUAGUCCUACAGACUACACCCUUUUCUUACCCGCCUAUAAAAAGGAGAACAAAAACAAAAAAAUGUCCCGACUAAAAAGCAUCUGUGUUUUUGAGUCCCCAUGCGCCAGAGCCAGGACUGUAGCUCUUGUGGUGUUUACAAGGACAUGAGUAUAUAUCACAGUAAACUGUGUUCAGUAACAGAACGGAUGUGAUAUCUAAGUCAGGCAUACUCUGGCGAGCAGUUUUGGUCCCCUGAAGGCCUGACCAGUCGUCUGUCUGUUUGUCUGUGCAACUGAGUGUGUGGGUGUGUGAGAGAGAGUGUGAGCAGGAGAGGUGACCACUGUUCAUGUACAGCCUAAUGUCAAUGAUGAUGCUUCUCAUGUGCACAGUAUUGUAUGCUGGAGAUGUACACAACCACAUGUGCUGGGAAUAAAUGAUUUCAUAACUUUC